AAAUGUCUUAUAUUUAGAGAUGUGUAGAUGAAUAAUUGAUGAACCAUGAGACGUGCAGCUGUAGCCAGUAAAAGCCCUACAUCAAAGGCACUGAAAGUUGUUAAAGAAUUAGAUGCCUUUCCUAAAGUACCAGACAAUUUCAAGGAAACAACUGUCUCAGGAGGAGGAAUAUCAGUUGUAACAUUUGUGUUCAUUGCUAUAUUGAUGAUCUCAGAGGUACGCUAUUAUGCUAAUACGUUACUCAAGUUUGACUAUGAGGUGGACAAAGAAGUUGACGGGAAGAUUAAGAUAAAUGUUGAUAUGACAGUUGCAAUGAGAUGUGAACAUAUUGGAGCUGAUGUGUUGGAUCAAACAGGCCAGGAUACACACAGUUUUGGCUCACUAAAGAUGGACAACACACACUAUGAGCUGUCACCACGGCAACAACAAUAUCAUGAAAUCACCCAGCAGGUCAACCAGUACAUGCGAGACGAAUAUCAUGCCAUACAAGAACUUAUGUGGCUCUCAGGCCAUCAACCAGCUCUAAAAAUGGGAAUGCCAAAAAGGGAGAUUGAACCAGAAGGACCUGCGGAUGCAUGCAGAAUCCAUGGCACUCUAGAAGUGAACAAAGUUGCUGGAAAUUUUCAUAUCACUGCUGGAAAGUACUAUCCCCAGUUACAGUUUGGCUUGGGUCAUGUACACUUGGAAUCAUUCAUGUCUAAUAAUGACUACAACUUCACACAUAGAAUAGAUCAUUUUUCAUUUGGAGAUCAGUCAGGGGGAGUAAUUAACCCACUAGAUGGAGAAGAACAACUUACCACUCACAAUUAUCAUUUGUAUCAAUACUUCAUGAAGAUUGUACCUACAGAGGUUCGUACUUACAGUCAUCAAGUAGACACAUACCAGUAUUCCGUCACUGAAAGGAGUAGACCAAUAAAUCAUGCAAGUGGUAGUCACGGCGUUCCAGGAAUUUUUGUCAAAUAUGAUGUAUUUGCUUUUAAAAUACGAGUUCGAGAAGAGUUGCGUCCCUUUUGGCAGUUUCUGGUGAGACUAUGUGGCAUAGCUGGUGGUGUUUUUGUUGUCUCAGGUUUAUUACACGAUAGUGUAGGAGUAAUUGUCGACGUUUUAUGCUGUCGGUUUAAAGUUGGCAAGUAUAACCAGGAGAAAAAAGGAGAAACGUUACUAUCUGAAGGGUCUGAAUCGGACCUAUUGAAAAUGAAAGAAAACAGUUUGUACACGGACUACGACCAGACGUAUAACCCUGUACAUCUUGCAGAACAAUCUAUAAAUAGUAACAGCGGAAAUUUAAACAAUGGACAAGAUCUAUACAACAGUGGAGAUAGAUAGUAGUGGAUAGUUAUUUUAGUAAACUUUGAUUUUUUAACACGCAAUACAUGUAUAUAUAAACAGGUUAUAGAGGUAUUUUU